UUUCAGCAGUGAGCAACUGUUCAGAUUAACCAGCAUAUAAAGUCCUUGAAUACUGUCUUCGGGAUAAUAAGUUCCCAUGAGGCUACUUCGGUGUCAGAUGGAGAAGCUUCAACCACCAAUCGUGCAUCGAGAGAUGCAUCUAGAGCACGCACUUCCACUUAACGAGGAUAACGAGCUGCUUGAUUACGGAGAAAUCACAUGUGUAAACGCACAGGACAGGAUUCAGACUGAAACACAAUGUUCUGGUGCUGAAAACACGUUUCUUGAGCCAGAAGCACUUGCUUCGAUGCAAUCAGCGCAAGCAUUCGUGUGUUCGCUUCAUCCGCAGCUUCAGUGUGAGGAGUACGGCCCAAACGCCGUCAGCGGAGGUCCUGCCGGUGCCAUAACCCCAGAUAUAGACAUCAGACCAUUCUCAGACAUGAACCCUGUCCACACUCCACAUGCUAACCCUCCGUGGCCCGCUCUGGCUCCUCAUGCUAACCCUGUUGCUGCAGUGCCUCAUCGGAAUCAGUUCUGGCCCACUUACACGCCUCCACAGCACUUUAACCCUGCGUUUAACCUUAACCCUGCAUUAAACCUUAACCAUGAGUUUGACCUUAACCUUGAGUUUAACCUUGAAUCUGUGUUUAACCUUGACCCUGCGUUUAACCUUAACCCUGGGUUUAACUGUAACCCUGGGUUUAACCUUAACCCUGCGUUUCACCUUAACCCUGGGUUUAACUGUAACCCUGGGUUUAACUUUAACCCUGGGUUUAACCUUAAACCUGCAUUUAACUUUAACCCUGGGUUUAACUGUAACCCUGGGUUUAACCUUAACCCUGCGUUUAACCUUAACCCUGGGUUUAACUGUAACCCUGGGUUUAACCUUAACCCUGGGUUUAACUGUAACCCUGGGUUUAAUCUUAACCCUGCGUUUAACCUUAACCCUGGAUUUAACUGUAACCCUGAGUUUAACCUAAACCCUGCGUUUAACAUUAACCCCGCAUUUAACCCAUUAGUGGCCUGUGGGGAUUCUGCCCUCUCCUGUCUGGUGCUUCGACCGCAUAUGAGUGUUUGUCCCACACCGUAUCCACAUCUAAACACCACGGGUUUAGUCUCCAACACACACUCACACUCACACACACAAUCGUUCCCUUUAAACAUGCUCGACGCGUACGAACUGUGGCAGAGACUGUGUAAGACAGCGGAGGACUACAGCUCCAGCAGUCCAGAUACUGAGGCUCUCGCCUGCUUCUUCAUUGACGUGUUUCGCCGUCAGGCCGUUCACAGCCCCGAUCUGCCGUUCUCGCAUGCCGUUCACACGGCCGUUGAGCAGUGGAGGAAAAUCCCGCCCCUUCAACGAAAACAAUAUCACGUCACUGCCAAAAUGUUCAUUAAUUUGAAAAAACUGAACCAGAGAGCCAACAGAGCCGAUGGACAUCAGUCGAUUCCCACAGGUAAUGUGAAGAAAAAAAGUAAACGUGCUAAAAAGGCAGGGCCAGUUGAAGAUCUCGCCGAGAGUGCACUUGCAGAAUACUCACAGGUCAUGGACGCCCCGGGGUCAAAGGUCAGCGAUGGGUCAGAGGUCACCGCAGCCAACGAGGAGGACGUGUGUGCACAGUUCCUCAACCAGCUGUUCAACCACUGCGAAUCUACCAACGAGGCUGGUUUCGACAUGGACUACAUCAGCUCUCUUCUCUCCACAGAUCACAACCUCACCGAUGUCCUUAAGGAAAAUUGCCAGGAUUUGUUUUCCAGCAGCAUUCCCAAGCCAGUCGCCGGAUGCUCCAAUUGGACUCCACAACGUGACUUCAGCCAGUAUAAUGGCUCCCAUCUUCAAGAUCACAUGAUGCAGGAAUCAUUUCGGAUUAACACACCAACUGGGAUGGAAAAUGGCGGCCAGAACGCAUUUCAAAGUUCCCAAGGCGAAUCGAUUCAUUCUGCUUUCCAAGACUUUGGUCCGGCUGGAAACUCUCCAGGAGGAAAAGGCGAGACUUUGUUUGUCACUGAACUUGAAACCACCGUCCAAUCCGAGUGCUUCAGUCUUCAAAACUACAAAUCCCAUCAUGCAUCAUUUACGCAUUCCAUAAAACGUCCAAAAAACCCUGCGAAUGGUGGAGUUAACCAUGAUGGAGAGAGAAACACGUUGGCCAGACAAAAAACGGAGAAAAUGGUAAGUACAAAGGAAAAGAGAAACAAGAAUACGGACAUUCCCCUCGAUUCUCAGAGAAAUAAUAGAGCGAAAACACAGACAAGCGUAAAGGAGACACCAGAGAAAAAGAACGCAAACCAGAACAAAAAACGGCAGAGGCAACGUAGAGGACGGAAGCAGGAAAAGGUGAUCACGGCGCUCGAUGAGAGAACAACAGACGAUAAAAGAAAAACAGCUGAAAACCAAAGGAAUAGAAAUACUCAAGGCGGUCAACGAAAAUCUGCAACCAAACAUGGAGCGAAAGAAACUGAUUUAUUCAAAAUAACCACAGAAAGAGAGGAAUCACGGCAACGUACGGACGUGACCAAGGCGAGGAAAGUUAGAAGAGACGAUGAGAUUAAGAGACGACAAAGGCCGAUAAAAAAAACGGGCAAAUCGAGUCGACAAAAAACACAAACAGAAACAAACGAUGGAAAAGAGCGGCAAAAAUGGGCCAUUGGUGAGAAUGGAGAUGGUUUUCCGAUCGGGACGCGGUGGGACGCAACCAAAACGCACUCAAACCACCAACGAAGAGGCUUGAGGAGGAUCAAGGUGGACGAAUCGAACAAAAAAUCCACUUGAGGCAUAAUAAAACAUAUAAUUGAACCAGA